AUGACUCGACUUGUGCGGCGGCAUAAGGUGUGCCGCAUCGUGCGGCCUACACAGAGUGUGAGCACACAGAAAGACUCAGACGAUGUCGUGCACAAAAGGACGUUAUCAGAUGAGAGAGAUGACUCCAAUUCACGUGACGGCAAUAUUGCAUUCAAAGAGGAAAACGUGGAUAUACCAGAUAGCUCGAAGUUCUUGGAUCAGUAUUCGAUGCAGAUGCAGGAUCAGCCCAAAAAUUAUGAGUCUGGACAGGAAUUCCAACUUGGAACUUCCAAGGAAGACUUCUGCAUGGAUACAUCAUCAGCUAACAGAGUUGUUGAGGAGGGUGAGGGACGGUCGGAUGGAGAGAUGCGGCCAUCCAGUGCACCGGAGGACAUCGAACUCGGAGAUCUUCAUCAGGAGGCGGCAACGCCGAAGUCUUCUUCAAUGAAGGGGGAGGGGAGAGAAUCGGUUGAGGAGGAGACAACGGCACCCCAAGAGAGAGAACAGGAACAACAAACGAUAUUUGAAAGAGUAUAUAAUUUGCUCAACUUUGCAAUGGGUAGAGGUAGCCCUACCACUCCAGAGGGAAGUUCCCGAGAAGAGGAGGUUAGCACUGCUUCUGAUGAUUCUGAAGAUGAUUAUGAUGAUGAGGAGGAAGAGAAUGGAAAUGAACAGGCCGAUCCAAACCGAGUUGUGAAGGGUGGAGGUUGGGGACAGGGCUCGAGUGCAGUCGUGAGCAAGCAGCAAGGAGUGGUCGGAGCUGUUUUCGCCCUGGUUAAAUCGUUUAUUGGAAUUGGUAACAACGUUGCCGUAGCACAGGAGAGCUCAGCGGCGGGAAAAGCUGCGGCGAGUCAGAGAUUGUCGUUUGGAAUGCUCGGAAAAUAUGUUAUCGGAAAAUGGGGGAAAGUUGUUGUUGAUUAUUCCCUCCUGGCAUCACAGAUGGGAUUUUGCGUUGCGUAUAUAAUAUUCAUAGCCGCUAACCUUUCGGACGUUAUCAAGCACGAGACGGGAAGCGAUUAUGUGUCACAACGAGUGUUGGCCAUUUGUUGCGUGUUGCUGCUGAUACCAAUAGCGUGGUUGAAGAACCUGAAAGCAUUGAAGAUUCCGACGUUGAUGGCGAAUUUAGCGCUCAUUGCUGGGAUCUUGUGGGUCUUCUAUUGCGCGGUUGUGCAUUUGCCUUAUACCGAAUUCUCGGAGCUUCACGUCGUCAAUUUGUAUGAGUACCCUGUUUUCUUCGGUCUGGCGGUGUUCUCUUUUGAAGGCAUAGGAUUGGUACUCCCCAUACAGCAGAGCAUGAAGGAGCCUGAGAAACUACCACACCUUCUCAAGAUCAUCAUGAUUUGUAUCACUAGUGGGUUCAUAGUAUUUGGCGUUACUUGUUACAUAUCGUAUGGCCCUGAUACCAAGUCGAUGAUCACUUUCAACCUUCCUGUACAUAAACUCACUUCUUUCCUGCGCCUAUUCUACUGUGUGGGUAUAUUUUUCACGUAUCCUAUCAUGAUGUUCCCGGUGUUCCAAUUGAUAGAGCACAAGUGGCAGGGGUUCUUCGCCUCCCAGGAGGAUGCUGGUCGUCGCCAUCAGAUGGUCUUCCGAGCAUGCUUGGUCCUCACUUCGGGGGUUAUUGCUCUAAUGGGAAUGAACGUGCCCAACUUUGGCCUCUAUCUCUCUCUGAUUGGGAGUGUCUGUUGUAAGUGGUGAUGGAGGUCCCGAGUUCGAUUCCUGGUGGGAGUAUAUGGAAAAUAGCUGCUUAUCUGGUGCGCGAUAUCAAUCGGUUGAUGAAUAACUUCUGGGCGCGCGAGAUUUCAUUGCGUAGGUACACUGCUGGCGUUCAUUCUACCGGCGUUAUUCCAUCUUAAUCGACCAGGGAAGAGAAUGGAAAAUGAUGAAGGGCGAAUUCGGGCAGAUCGGAUCGAUAAAAUUAUCAUCGCUUUCGGAGUUCUCGCCGGGCUGGUCAGCUUCUCAUUCACACUGAGAAGUUUCUUUACAGAAGAGCAAGAGGCCACAGCCAAGGUUGCGGCGUGAAAGAUACCAAAAUACGCACAGGGAAUUU